UCUUAGAAGAACUGCAGAAAGCCGUUUUUUGUUGUGGUGAUAAUAACUGCCCGUUGAGAUCGGAUCCUUCUGUGAUGAUCUCGCGCAGGAACAACCAAUGGCUCGGCUCCCCCGGCCGAGCAGAGGACAAACUGGGUGGCUUAUGUAACUGAGAUUCCUAGCCCCCUCCCCUCCAUACACACAUACGGGACCGAGUCAGCUUGGGAAGCGAGGAGACUGAGACCAGAGAAAGUGCUUGGCCUGAGAGACUCUGGCAAUGAAUUCCUAGAUGCAAUCUUCUCAGCCUCCUUUUUGAGAAGAAAGAAAACUUCCUCUCUCACUUCCUCUGCUGCCCUGCCCACGCAGGAGGUAUGGAGGAUUUAACUUAGAUGCUGCCGGAAAGACGUGUGGUCAAAAAGCAGCGUGGUGUGUAAGACUUUCUACCCGAGGAGUCUAGCAGUUGCAAAGCUGCAGACCUUUGCUCUUGCCUGACAGGACGCAUGGCAGAAGGAGGAAUGGAUGUCAGGCAUCUGCCAGUUGUGGUCCAGGAAUCAGUGACAUUCAAAGAUGUGGCCGUGCUCUUCAGCCAGGAUGAGUGGGGACACCUGAAUCCUGCCCAGAGGGCCCUGUAUAAAGAUGUGAUGCUAGAGAACUACAGCAACGUGGCAUCACUGGGACUUUUAGAAACCAAGCCAGCUACGUUUUCCCAGAUGAGAACAGGGGAAGACUGGAUGCUGGAGGACCCCUCGGCACGCUCCUGUCUUGACUGGACGACUAUGCUUGUGAGUAAGAAAUCCACCCUCACAGCAGAUAUUCCUGAGGAAGAAUUGGAUCAAUGGAAGAUAAAGGAAAAAUUCACUAGGGAAUGUCAUUUAAAAUGUGAUAGACUAGUAGAAGAGAAGCACAGAGGUGAGGCAAUAAAUUUGCAGCAAAUAGUAAUUACUCACCAGAAAAUACUAUGUGAGGUUGGUGCCCAGGAACAUAAUGAAUCUGGGAAGAACUGCACCGUGAGUUCAUCUUUUAUUCAAAGUCAGUCUAGCAAAAAAAACUUUGAGUGUACUGAGUGUGGCAAAGUCUUCUCUAAUAAUUCAACCCUUAGAAAACACUCAAAAAUUCAUACUGAAAAACCUAAUACAAAUCUGAAAACUCAUAUCAAAGAGAAACGAUAUGAAUGUAGAGAAUGUGGGAAAGCCUUUCACCAGAGUACACACCUUAUUCAUCACCAAAGAAUUCACACUGGGGAGAAACCUUAUGAAUGUAAGGAAUGUGGCAAAGCCUUUUCAGUGAGCUCCUCGCUUACUUAUCAUCAGAAAAUUCAUACUGGAGAGAAACCGUUUGAAUGCAACUUAUGUGGAAAAGCUUUUAUCCGAAGUAUACACCUUUCCCAUCAUUAUAGAAUACAUACUGGAGAGAAACCUUUCAAAUGUGAUAUAUGUGAAAAAGCUUUUGUCUGCAGGGCACAUCUUACCAAACAUCAGAAUAUUCAUAGUGGAGAGAAACCCUAUAAGUGCCAUGAAUGUGGGAAAGCCUUCAAUCAGAGUACAAGUUUUCUUCAGCAUCAGAGAAUUCAUACUGGAGAGAAACCUUUUGAAUGUAAUGAGUGUGGAAAGGCUUUCAGGGUGAAUUCUUCCCUUACUGAACAUCAGAGGAUUCAUACUGGAGAGAAGCCUUACAAGUGUAGUGAGUGUGGGAAAGCUUUCAGGGAUAAUUCAUCCUUUGCUCGACAUCGGAAAAUUCAUACUGGAGAGAAGCCAUACAGAUGUGGUUUGUGUGAGAAAGCCUUCAGGGACCAAUCAGCCCUUGCCCAACAUCAAAGAAUUCAUACUGGGGAAAAACCUUAUACAUGUAAUAUUUGUGAGAAGGCCUUCAGUGACCAUUCAGCUCUUGCUCAACAUAAAAGAAUUCAUACUAGAGAAAAACCUUAUAAGUGUAAAAUCUGUGAGAAAGCCUUUAUCCGCAGCACACACCUUACUCAACAUCAAAGGAUCCACACAGGAGAAAAGCCCUAUAAAUGUGAUAAAUGUGGGAAAGCCUUCAACCAGACAGCCAACCUCAUUCAACAUCAGAGACAUCAUAUUGGAGAAAAAUGAUAUGAAUGCACUUUUAAUGGAAAAGCUUUGAGACUGAGUAUAUAAUUAAAUGGCAGCUAAACUAUUCUAUAGAAUAACUGAAAGCAUAGUCACUGUAGCUUCACAAAAUUAUGAGAUUUGAAAAUGAGAUGGCAAACACUCAUUGUUUAGUAUUGCCUCUAUUGAAUUAACAGCACUGUUUAAUUAGUCUGAAAUACUAAGUAUCUAAGCCAAAAUGGAGCCUCACUAAUGACACAGAAAUGGCUAAGAGAGUUGCCACCUUUAAUGGAAUCCUUAGUUCUCUCCACCCAUAAUCCAGGCACCCAAGUUUAAACAAAGUACCCAUGCAGCAGCUCAGUAAUUAUUUAAAUUAUACUGCACACUUUCUAUGUCAGUCUCUCUUUUAUCAGAUCACCACAGUCUAUGUGUUUACUAGCUGCUUCUUGAGUUAUUCUGAAACAAUUUAUCUCAAUGGUUUUUCUUUUUAUGUAGUGACUUGACUGUGAACAUUAUGUUCUUUAUUGCCACCUCGUUUGCCCUUGAAGAAUGGUUAUCUGAUUUAAGACAUAGUCCAUGAUUCUGAUUAUAGCACCCAAACCCAGUUUUAACUCAGGACCCCUGUCUAGGGGCACAAAUUUGUUCAAAAUUCUUGAUUUCCCCAGUUUCUUUGUGCUUCAGCUUGACUGAUUAUGGGUGAUACCUACAAAAGGGGGCUUAGUCUAUGGCUAGACAGUCCUCUUUGUCCACUACAUUAUGUUUUCUACUCAUAAUAUUGAGCUUCUACACUCUGGUUCUUGCCCUUUUGUUUAGGUUUCUGAAGAUAUUAAACUCUGUGUUCAUAGGAAA